AUGGAAUAUCAAGAGACUCUGGAUGAAGAUGGGUAUACUCAAUUAGACUUCAGGACUCGAGGCAUCCUAAAAAGACCUGUGGAGUCAGAGAAAGGAAGCCGGUCUUCAUCUCUCCCUUGGCGUCCCAUUGCGGUGGCCUUGGGAAUCCUGUGUUUGGUCGCACUAGUGGUUGCUGUAGUCCUGGGAGUCCUAGCAUUUUGGAGAUUCAAUUCAGGGAGAAAUCCAGAAGAAAAGGAAAACUUCCCAUCGAGAAAUAAAGAGAACCACAAACCCACAAAAUCAUCUUUAGAUGAGAAGGUGGCUCCCUCCAAGGCAUCCCAGACUACAGGACUUUAUUCUGGGCCUUGCCCUCCUAAUUGGAUCAUACAUGAGAAGAGCUGUUAUCUGUUUAAGACGUCACAAAAUUCCUGGGCUGGAAGUAAGAGAUACUGCUCCCAGCUAGGUGCUCAUCUACUGAAGAUAGACAAUUCAGAAGAAUUUGAGUUCAUUGAAAGCCAAACGUCUUCUCACCAUAUUAAUGCAUUUUGGAUAGGUCUUUCCCGGAAACAGACUGAAGGGCCCUGGCUCUGGGAGGAUGGCUCCCCAUUCAUUCCCAACUCGUUUCAAAUCAGAGAUACAGCUUCCCAGGAAAGCUUACUGCACAAUUGUGUAUGGAUUCAUGGGUCAGAGGUCUACAACCAAGUCUGUAAUAUUUCCUCAUUUAGUAUCUGUGAGAAGCAGCUGCAAAUGUAAGAAUGGAGACGAAGAAGAAUGCGAGACUGUAAGAAUGCCUUCCUCAACACACAUACCACCAACUACCACCAUGAACAACAACAACAAAAACAGAACAGAAAAGAUGACUAUUGAAAAUCAGAAUAAAUCCUGAAAUGCUAGGAGACCUUGUUAAAUUUGAACUUCAGCUGAGAACUUGGAUGAAGAAGGUGAGGCUUCUGUACUUGUCAGCUUCAAUAAGAGGGCCAUGUUAUCUUCCAGUUAAUAAGCCACUAGACAUGGAGUGAGGCAGCCAAGAAGUACCCAGAAUGAGUGAGCAUGACAUUUCCAGACCCAAAUGGUACAAUCACAACAAAGCCCCUAUAUUGUCAGGGAAUAUUGUGGUGGUGGUGAUGGGGGCUGAAGACUAUAAGAGCCAGACGACCAAGAUGCCUACUGCCAGUGUCUUCUACACAGGACAGGGAAACUGUACCCAU